AUAUGUCAACAAAGAAGGUAUAUAGAGUGGGUUGUUUAUCUGGAUUCUGAAAUGGUGUUAUGUAUGGUAGACAUUAGGUCCAAAGAGAAAGGGAAAGGUCAAGAUGGAUGUGGACAAAUUUAAUGGAAUUUAUUGAGAAUGUGUUAAAGACCAAUGCAGCUUUGGCAAUGGCAGAAGAGACAGGACGAUUUAGAGUUGGCAAGGCAAGGGAGUGCCAAGGGGAUAAGACUCGAGUUCGAUUUCUGGCAACUGCGCUAAAAGGUUAUUAUGUUAAGCAUAUGGUAUCUCCAAAUACCAGGCUGCUUUUUUGUGGGAGACAAUUGAGUUUCAAGGGAAUGGGCUCCCUGAUUUGAUGGGUCAAGAGAAGAGAAGGUGCUUAUUGCCAAAUUUAUUCAUUUCCCAUAGUCAUCCCCAUGCUGUUGCUUUAUUUAUUGCACAAACUAUCUGCAUUAACCCAUCUACUAUGUAUGCUUAUUUGUUAAAAACCACUAUUGGAAAACCCUAUAAAAUCAUGUGUCAUUA